AUGAGCUCAAGCAGAAUCAUUAUUCAUGCAUCUAAGCGUCUACUCACUCGCCGUGCAAUUUUUAUAACAUUCAUCAUCUUCAUAUGGUUCCUCUUUUAUCAUCUUCCAGCUCCUCCACCCACCCAGAACAAUACCCGUGCAGACCGACCACCCCCAGAGCAUCAAGUAGAAGAUACCGCCCGAUUUCUCUACCACUCCCCUUUUCGAAACAAUCCCGCUAUUCUAUAUGAGAAAAAGCUAUCACAGGCCCUAGAGAGAAUCGAAAACACUGUGUUGGCACAAAAUCACCAAAACAACUUAGCUGAAAAUAGAAUCUGGCAGAUAGCGAAAGAUGAAAAUCAACGGGGGGAUGACUCGAUAAUAUUUCAACAUAAAAAUAAGGAGUGGGCAUACACUUUAGUCAAUGAUAACAGGGCUCUCGAGUUUAUCACCAACGAGCUAUCCGCCAUUUCCGAAAUCACAACUAUAUACAAAGCCUACCCUCACAAUGUCCUCCGAGCAGACUUCCUCCGAUAUCUGCUUCUCUGGUACUACGGGGGCUUCUACGCAGACACCGACGUCUUCCCCGCUCGAACUAUCAACACCUGUCCAGCACUACAGCUAUUCUUCCCACCCCCACCUGACGAGUACACCGAAUACAUCCAUCCCAAUGUAUCGCUCGUUGUUGGAAUAGAAGUCGACGAGCCAUAUGCCUCACCACAGUUCAUGCGUGACUGGCACUGGACAAGGAGCUAUGGACUGAUUCAGUAUACCAUGUAUGCGCCGCGACGUUUCAGCCCGCUUCUUCGGGAGGUCAUUGUGCGGGUCAUGGCACAUACGAUACAAUACAAUAAUGGACGCGCUGGCCUUUUUCCCAGUCUAGCGUAUGAUGAGAAGGCUAUAUUAGGAAUCACGGGGCCUGAUGUCUUCACGGAUGCUAUUCUCGAGACGCUUUCCUCUUCGCUUCCAGAGACACAUCCGCUCGUCGAACAAUCUGUCUAUGCAGACAAGGAGAUUGGGGAUCUCAUUGACCCUGAAACUGGGGAGUCGCAAAAACGGGUAACGUGGGCUCCGUUCCAUAGACUCAGUGAUCCUAUCUGCAUCCAGGCUGACGAGGCUGUCCCGAGUAAACCCAUGGGUGGAUUGUGCGUGUUGCCAAUUAGUGUUUGGGGGAAUGGACAGAGGCAUAGCGAGGCAGGUGGGUUCAAUCAUCCUAAUGCAUGUGUCAAUCAUCGAUUUGGGAGGACGUGGAAGAAGGGAUGGUGGGAAUACAUAUUUGGGUAA